CACUUUAUACACAACAACGAGGAGAAAACAUGGAAGCAAAGAGAAUGCCAAGUGUGAUGCUAAAUUCAGGCCACAAAAUGCCAGUUCUAGGUUUAGGAACAUCAGCAGAUAAUCUUCCUCCAAAUGACACCCUAGUCUCCAUCUUCACGGAUGCUAUUGAAAUGGGUUAUCACCAUUUUGACAGUGCUUCUGUCUAUAGAACAGAGGAAGACAUAGGGCAAGCUGUGGCCAAAGCUGUGAAGCAAGGUCUUAUAAAGAGCCGUGAUGAAGCUUUCAUCACUUCAAAGCCAUGGAAUACAGAUGCACAUCCUGAUCUUAUUCUCCCAUCUCUCAAAACCUCACUAAAAAAUCUAGGGAUGGAUUAUGUGGAUCUUUAUCUGAUACACUGGCCAGUAAGACUCAGACAUGACUUGCAAAACCCCGUGAAAUUUUCAAAGGAAGAUUUACUUCCCUUUGAUAUAGAAGGGACGUGGAGAGCCAUGGAAGAGUGUUACAGAUUGGGCUUAGCAAAGUCUAUUGGAAUAUGCAACUAUGGAAUCAAGAAACUAACCCAACUCCUACAAAUUGCGAGCAUCCCUCCUGCAGUUCUUCAGAUAGAGAUGAAUCCAUCAUGGCAGCAAGAGAAACUUAGAGAGUUCUGCAAGCAGAAAGGGAUUCAUGUGAGUGCUUGGUCAUCGCUCGGAGCUUAUAAGGUAUCUUGGGGUUCAGGGGCAGUCAUGGAGAAUCCAAUCAUACAAGAAAUUGCCACGGCCAAAAACAAGACCGCAGCUCAGGUUGCACUGAGAUGGGCAUACCAACAAGGAUCGAGUGCGAUGGUGAAAAGCUUCAACAAGGAGAGGAUGAAACAAAACCUUGAAAUAUUUGAUUUUGAGCUGAGCGAGGAAGAGAUGGAGAGGAUGAAGCAGAUUCCACAGCGCAGGCAAUACACAGGUGAUAUGUGGCUAUCUGAAACCGGAUCUUACAAGACAUUGGAAGAGCUUUGGGAUGGCGACGUUUAAUUCUGAUUUGUUGUGUGAUUGAUUAAAGUUUAAAUAAACUUUGAGUUGCGAUUUCAUGUAUGAUGAAUUUGUCAUGAGUUUAUGUACCAGUACGCGCCAGAGCAGUCAUAGAUCUAUCUCUCUGGAUGGACCUGACCUUCGUAGAUUAAUAAUUAAGGAAUAAGUGCUUUAAAGCCACCGGCUAUGGUGUAGUACUGAAAACUCUGUCUUGAAUCUUAUCUUCAAUCUUCAGACCUCCAUGUCAACCAGGAGGGACUUGGCUUUC